AUGAAUGGUAUAUUCAUUUUUACAACACUUAUUAUUGCAUCCGCUAUUCAUGCUAAGGAACUCCCUGAAAAAUUCUACGGAAAAUUCGAUCUCGAUCAUUCUGAGAACUUCGAUGAGUAUCUUGAGGCUAAAGGAUAUGGUUGGUUUACACGUAAACUGGUGACUUUUGCUACGUUCAAGAAGGAGUUCAAAAAGAGUAGCAAACCUGGGAAGUUUGACUACGCAAAUCUAACAUCGAAGAAGGAUGUCUUCUACAAAGACGUCGAGUUGGGAAAAGAGUUUAUUGGUGAAGGAAUCGACUCCACGAAGCAUAAGAUCACAUUUGACCUUGUUGGAGACGUCCUUUUUGAAAAGCACAUCCCCAUAGAAAACGGUGAAUUCAAGGCGGAUACCUAUGAGUAUUCUAUCACAACAAAAAACGGAAAGGAGUAUCUACUCGUGAAAAUGGAAACUAAUGGUAUUGUCGGGAAACGGUUCUAUAGGCGUGUCUAA